CAUUUGAUGGUUGUUUUGGUUGCAGUUUGUGGAGGCACCAGAGGGUCUGAACCUUGCCUCCCGUCAUGACCUUUGGUCUUCACUGAAGCUGAACAGGGAGACAGGUUAACUUCAUCUUUACAAGUCAAGCAGACAGUGACCAGAAGGAGCCACAACAGCGAAGACCACUCCGGGGGCUAGCGUGGAACUCUUCCCUGGAUUUUUGAGGAGCACUGUGUUGUCUGAAAUCGUAGUCGGCCAUGUCUCCCCCUCUAACCUCAGAUCUUGCCUACGUCCCUCCCGACGGCGGAUGGGGAUGGGCAGUGGUAUUUGGAGCUUCCAUCACUGUUGGAUUUUCAUACUCCUUCCCAAAAGCUUUCACCAUCUAUUUCAAAGAACUUCAGGCCGUGUAUAAGGUAUCCUACAGCCAGAUCGCAUGGAUAACUUCCAUCAUGUGUGCUACUACCUACGGAGGGGGCCCUAUUAGCAGCAUUUUAGUGAAUCGUUUUGGCAGCCGGCCGGUGGUUAUAUUCGGAGGUCUGCUGUGUGGAAUAGGGAUGGUUUCGGCCUCGUUCUGCACCAGCAUCAUGCAGCUCUACAUCUGUGUGGGACUCAUCUCAGGAUUCGGCCUUGCUCUCAACCUCCAGCCCUCAGUGAUAAUCAUUGGGAAAUACUUUCUAAAGAGAAGACCACUUGCCAACGGCCUUGCCAUGGCAGGAAGCCCUGUCAUGCUUUGUACCCUCGCCCCUUUGAACCAGUUCCUUUUUGACAAUUUUGGAUGGAGGGGCAGCUUUUUAAUCCUUGGGGCAAUUUUACUGAACUGCUGCGUGGCAGGGGCUCUCUUCAGGCCCAUUGGCCCGGCGACUGGCCCCAUUCAAAAAGAAGCCAACAAGGAAGGAAAGGAGACUGCCAAAGAAGAGGAGGAAGACAAAGACUGCUGUGCAAAAUUUAACCAAUACCUGGAUUGCUCCCUCUUCAAGCACAGAGGGUUCCUGAUAUACCUGGUUGGAAAUGUCCUCAUGUUUCUGGGGUUUUUUGCCCCGAUUGUGUUUUUGGCACCGUAUGCCAAGCACAUCGGCAUUGAUGAAUACUCAGCAGCCUUCCUCCUCUCUAUUCUUGCUAUAGUUGAUAUGUUUGCCAGGCCCGCAACUGGCCUCAUUGCAAACAGUAAAUGGGUGAGACCAAAGAUCCAGUAUUUUUUCAGCUUUUCUAUUGCUUUUAAUGGUGCCUGCCACCUUUUGUGCCCCUUAGCGUCCGACUAUACAGGGCUCAUCAUAUACUCUGUCUUUUUUGGCUUGGCAUUCGGUAUGGUUUGUGCCAUGCUCUUUGAAACGCUCAUGGACCUUGUUGGAGCCACGCGGUUCACAAGCGCCGUCGGACUUGUCACUAUUGCAGAGUGUUGCACCAUACUACUAGGACCACCAAUUGGAGGAACACUUAUAGAUACCUUUGGGGAUUACAAAUACAUGUUCAUUAAAUGUGGAGCCGUGAUGGUCCUGGCAGGAACGUUCCUGUUCAUCAUGAAUUACUACAAUUACCGCAUGCUUGCAAAAGAGGAGAAGGCAAUGGCCACGAAGGAUCCUGAGCAUGGAAGGACAGUAAACGAAGGGAGCAAUGACUGGGACAGAGAAAAGAUACAGGAUGGCCAGGAGCUGGAACCGCUGACAGAUGAACAAGGACUAAAGAAGGAAAUUAAUGGCCUGAGUGAAGCGUAAGCCUGUUGCAACAGGUUGAAUGGGGAAUUGGGGUUUGGGAGGGAGGGGAAGGGGUUCAUUUCUUCAAUUGACUGUCACAGUGAAAUCAUUUUAGGUGUCUCAGGCCUUGUCUGUACAGCCGCCUUGCAAACCCAACAAUGCCCACUCACUCCCGCUUUGGGCAUGCAUUCGGUUGGCCUUUAGGUAAAACAGGCAACUUAAAGAGGUCCUGAGAACACACCCCAGGAGGGCUGUGCCAUGCCCUCUGAGCCAUUUAUUCUCCCUACUCACCAGGCGGGGCUUCUUCCAAGCAGCAGUCUUGGGCUGUGCAGGGAGGCAGUCUAGCCGUAGCCUAACUCUGCCUUUGUCCUUUGCACCAGCAUUUGAUAAGACCCCGGAUUUGUUUUUCUAGUCUUCUCCUAGACAAAACAGAGCAAAGCUAUAGCAUAGUGCACAGCUCUGCUCCAUGCUGAGGUCCCUGCCUCAUUUUUUAGAUGGUUUCUUUAGUAGGAAUCUUAAAAGCUUGUAACUUGACUUCUGCUCUUAUUCACGAGUAAGUUCCAUUGACCUUGUGCCUAAUCCAGUGUCCACUGAAGUCGGUGCAAAGACCCCCACUCACCUCACUGGGCUCUGGAUUAGGCCUUAUGGCGACGGCAUCUUCUCCUUGUUAGGGAUCUUCUUUUGAGAAUGGCUCUUACUGAAGGCCUGAUCCUGUCUCUAUUGGAGUUCCUGACUCCUGCAAAGUGCCCCCCUGCCCUGCCCCCUUGACCUUCCUGCCUUAGACCCGGGUGUGAGAACCUAUCGGGAGGUUUUGGAGACCACGCUCAAUUUGCAGCCAUGCUUUUACUUUGCACUUUCAUCACGAGGAGGAGUAAUUAGGCUUUCUGAGAGAAGAUAUUCUGCAGCACCUCAGAAGGUACAAGGGAGGAGUUUAGGCUCAAUUGCAUGACACUCCUUAGGUUGCUUUUUCAUUCACGUGAUUUACGAGGAAAGACUGAAAGAAUUAAGACAAUAUAGUUUGGAAAAGAGAAGACUGAGGAGGCAUUUGACAGCAAGCUGCAAGUACCUGAAGAGCGGUUAUACAAAAGUUGGUUAUAUGACUAGAAGCAAUAGUCUCAAACUGCAGCAGGGGAAAUUUAGAUUGGAGAUUAGGAAGAAUUUUCCCACCAUGUGGACUAUCCAUCCUUGGAAGUUUUUGAAAGCAGGGUAGACAGAUACCUGACUGGGAUGCUUCAACUAAGUCAGAGAUGCUUAAGCUUUUGCAUGCAGCAGCUGCUGUUUAGGAAAGCAUAUGCAUCUCUGAUUCAGUUAGUCUACAAGGUGCAACCCUACCCCAAAUUCUGCCUAACUUCUGCCCAACAUGGCUAACAUAACUACCUCUCUCUGGGCUAGUUUAGUCAGGGGCGAUCCUGCCUUGAGCAGGGGGCUGGACUAGAUAAUCUCCUGAGGUCCCUUCCAGCCCUGCUUUGCUAUGAUGAUAUGAUUUUCAUUUUGAAAUCAGGCCUGGUUUAAUGAUUCUGCAUGAAUUAAAUCCAUAGUUUCUAAGCCAUGACAAUAUGCACAUGGGUAUGAGUGUACAUGUACAGUACCCAAAAUAGCUGCUAGCUAAUGUGCGCUGAUGGAUUGACUCCAGACUGGGAGCCAGACACUCAUGAGCCUUUGGCCUGGAUGACCAACUGGUUGUUGCAUGAGCAAGUCGUGGGAUAACCAAAGACACGGUUGGAAUAAGUAAAACUAAAGGAUGGGAUUUGCCUUGAACAGAGGACCUGUGCACUAUGUCAGUCAUCAGUUUUUUGUGGGCUUUCUCUGUCUGUAAACUCCAGGUCAUGGGAAGGGUUCAUCUAUUAAUAUUUAAACAGAAUAUGGUAGACAGAAGCAGAGCUUUGAAGUACUGUCUACUCUCACAACACCCACGCGGUGUAGGGAAGUGUUAUUGCCAGUGUCCUCAGGCAUUAGGUUGGGUAAUUCAGAAUGUGAUCCAUAGAAGUUGGCAUAUUAAGUGAGGAGCGACCUGAGCUAGGCAAUAAGCAAUACCAGUAGGACAGAGGUGUGUCUUCCUUGGGAUGUAGACUCCUUACUCGCAAUCCUAGACCUUGCCCCUGGUAGGAUUGGGCUUUCGUCACAAAAUACAAUUGUUCGGCAGUUGGUCCAAGUCUUUUCUCUAUUGGAGAAAGAGUCAAGCUCAUAUCUCAGCCAAGUUCCCUCACCAUUGGACUAUUCCUAGGUUGAGGAGGUAAUCUCAUUCCUUCGGGUUGAUGUUGUUUUGCUUUGUCUGGAAUAAACCAUCAUUAGAGGCAAGAGAGUCCUUAAGCAAAGGGCUAACCCUGUAGCUUAGUGAUUUAGGCACUUGACUAGAAAAGGGGUAAGUUCUGGGUUCAAAUCCCUCCUCUAGUUUGUGAUUUUAUAUGAAGCAGUCAUUACCUAAAAUACUGUUUGGACGGAUACAACAUGGCUAUGAGAGAUUUUUUUCCUUUUUAAAUCAUUCCUAUGUACACUGCUGCUCUUUAAACAUACAUAAUACUAGGUUAGACAGGAGAUUUGCAUAGGAUGGUUUGAAUAAGAUGAUCUUGCCUCAGGCAGGGGGUUGGACUAGAUGACCUCUGGGGGUCACUUCCAGCCCUACUUCUCUAGGAUUCGAUGGUUAUAACUCUCCCCACCCCACCCACUCUCUGGGUGAAAUCAUGGUCCUACAGCGCUAAGCCAAGGAGUUGAAGAGGGCUGUGUGUUCAUCCGUCUUGCCUUUGCUCUGGAGAGCACAGCCACAUAAUUUCGGAGCAGUUGUUUUUUAAGACUCUUUGUUGUCAACUAAAUAUGCCACUGCUAUUUACUACCUGUGGUGUUGCUGGAAAGGCCUGAAUGUUGUCUGACAGCACAUGUCAUUUGGAAACAGUAAGGUAUCAAAUAAAACACUUCUACAAAACCGUU